AUGUCUGAUACUACAAAUAACUCAAACAAUCAAACUAGAAAUCCAAUUGCUCAAUCAACUACAACUACAACUUCAUCAGGAGAAUCAACUCAACAGGUUAUGAGCCAAUUGACUCAAGGCUUAGGUGGUAAUUAUAACAUAUUUUCUGGUUUAGUUAUUCCAAAUGAAUUAAAGCUUCAAUCAAAGGUCAAUUUUAUGUUAUGGAAAAAUAAUUUGAAAAGAUUAGCUGAAGGUGUUAGUCCAGAAUUUAAGGCUUUUGUUGAUGAUGAGGUUGCUAGUGAUUCAUACCCUGCUAUUCAUAAUAAUAAACUUGACAUUUUGUUAUCAUUAACUGUUAAAGAAUCAAUUAUUUCUCCAAUUCGUUCACUUGGUUUUAUUGGUAAAGAUAUUUAUUUAGAAAUCCUUAAAGAUUUUGGUGUAUUUCAUACUCAUGAUAAAAUUAAAAUUGUUGUUAAAUAUUGGGAAAAACUUGCUGAUCCAACUGUUAAUCUUAAAACAAAAUUUAUUACUGAAAAAGAAUAUUUGCAAUUUGUUAAUACUUUACCAAAAGAAGAACAAGAAGCUCUUUUUCAUUUUAUUUGGCUUCAUCUUUCAAAAUCAAGAUGUAUUGAUAAAUAUUUAGAUGGCUAUGAUCCAAAAUUAAAUACUUCAGAUAUCAAAAGAUUUAUUACAGUUCAUCCAGAAUUAGAUGAAGGUACAACUGCUAUUAAUGUUAACGCUGUUUCAUCAAAUGUUUCAGAUGUGAUUGUUAAUCCUGCUAAUGUUGGUAACCUUUUCAAAGUACAAUGCACAAAUUGUUUUGGUUUAGGUCAUCUUGCUCGUAAUUGUGUGUCACCAAAUAGGAGAUUUGUAAGUAUUCCAGAUGUAGAAAGAAGAUUAUUAGCUUUUAAAUAUAGAUUUGGUGCAAAAACUGGUAGGUUUAAUGCUGAUUACAACAAUUCAAAUGGUGCUGCUUGUUGUAAUUUUGUUCUCUAA